AUGAAGAACUUUUUUUCAAUGCACGCAAUCCUUCUCGCGUGCUCAGCAGGAGCAGGCCUCGCUGCAAUCACUCAGGGGAUCUCUGAGGGCACUUAUAGUCGCAUUGUCGAAAUGGCAACCAUCUCUCAAGCUGCCUACGCAAACCUGUGUAAUAUUCCACCAGCAAUCACCAGUGCGGGAAAGAUCUACAAUGCAGAGACGGAUAUCAACGGGUGGGUUCUUCGAGACGAUAGCCGUCAAGAAAUAAUCACUGUUUUCCGUGGAACGGGAAGUGACACAAACCUGCAGCUCGACACCAACUAUACGCAGGCACCUUUUGAUACGCUCCCUCAAUGUAGCGGGUGUGCUGUUCACGGAGGGUACUAUGUUGGUUGGGUAUCUGUGAAGGAUCAGGUCGAGGGCCUUAUUCAUCAGCAGGCGAGUCAAUAUCCCGACUAUAGUCUGGUAGUUACUGGACAUAGCCUGGGUGCCUCGAUGGCUGCAAUCACCGCGGCUCAGCUUUCUGCCACAUACAACAAUAUUACCGUCUACACAUUUGGUGAACCUCGAACUGGUAACCAGGCCUACGCGUCAUAUGUUGACGAGACCUUCCAAGCUACAAACCCGGAUGCAACAAAGUUCUAUCGCGUUACUCACACUAACGAUGGUAUUCCCAACCUGCCUCCCACUUCGCAGGGUUACGUUCACCACGGUACAGAAUACUGGAGUGUGGAACCCCACGGGCCCCAGAACAUGUAUCUCUGUCUGGGAGACGAAGUUCAAUGCUGCGAAGCGCAAGGAGGACAAGGAGUUAAUGACGCGCAUGUGACCUACUUUGGAAUGGCAAGCGGAGCCUGUACAUGGUAG